UCCGCCGUGACCGAGGGCGACUUCGCCGAAAAGGGAGACCGAAUGGAGGCUCGAGGGUGUCCGGGGGCGGGAGCAGCAGCAGCCGCCUCCGCGGUCCUUCAGGAGGGGAGCGGCGGCGGGGGCGGAGAGUCCGGGGAAAGCGGCGGCGGCGGCGACCCGAGCGGCCUCCCCGAGGGGACCCGCAGCUCCGAGGCCGAGCGCCGGCGCUUCCGCAGCUGCCGCCCCCGGGAGGCCGAGGGGAUCCGGGCGCUCUGCAGCCGCCUGCACCGGCUAUGCCGCGGGUGGCUGCGGCCCGAGCGGAGCGGCAAAGCCGAGAUGCUGGAUCGGGUGGUGCUGGAGCAGCUGCUGGCCCUGCUGCCCCCGGAGCUGGCGGGCUGGCUGCGGGAGUGCGGGGCGGAGAGCUGCGCCCAGGCGGUGGCCCUGGCCGAGGGCUGCCUGCUCGGCUCGCCGCCCUCCUCCGCCCCGCGGGAGCCCCCCGGAGAGGGCCGGCAGGUGCAGGAGCCAUUCAUUGGGGAGAUCUCAGCGGAGCUCCAUGGAAAAAGAGAUCCAUCCGAUGAUUCUGAAGAGUUUGCAUUCAGGAGAAUUCAACUGGGGCCACCUUGCCAGGACUCUGCUCCCUUUGAGGAGGUGGCUGUGGACUUCACAGAGGAGGAGUGGGCACUUCUGGAUUCUGGACAGAAGGCCUUGUGGAGGGAAGUCAUGCUGGAGGUCUCUAGUAAUAUGGCCACUCUGGGUGAUGGUGACAAGCUGAGGAACGAGAAUAACAAGCAGCCAGGGUUAUUGAUGCUGCAAAGAGUACUCUCUGCCAAGAGUCAUUCCUUCUCUUUUACUUUACCUAAAAUACUGCACAGGAAACAUAAACCGCAUACAUUUGUCAAAUAUGAAAGGGAUUUCAGUCUAGGCAAAAAAAUGAAAUUGUGCAUGAAGUAUGGAAACAGCUUCAUUAACACGAGUAAUUUUAACUGCCACCAGAGGAUCUAUCUAGGCGAGAGGCCAGGUAAAUAUCCAGAAUGUGAAAAAAGCUUUUGUGAGAAAACAGAGGUUAUUUGUCCUAAAAAGAUUCAUAUUGGGGACAGACCAUAUAAUUGCCUGGAAUGUGGAAAGAGCUUUUUUGAGAACAGUGAACUUGAUCGACAUCAAAGGAUCCACAGUGAACUUGAUGGACAUCAAAGGAUCCACACAGCAGACAAACCGUAUAAAUGCUUGGAGUGUGGAAAGAGCUUCACUCAGAAAGGAAAACUUAAUUCUCAUAAAAAGAUCCACACGGGAGAGAGAUCAUAUAAAUGCAUGGAGUGUGGAAAGGGGUUUAUUGACAACUGGCGCCUCACUUUCCACCAAAGGAUGCACACGGGGGAAAGACCAUACAAAUGCUUGGAGUGUGGAAAAAGCUUUAACUGGAGCAAAGAUCUUAUUCGUCACGAAAGGAUCCACACUGGGGAGAGACCCUAUAAGUGCAUGGAGUGUGGAAAAAGUUUUGCUCAGAAAGGAUGUCUUACAGGUCAUGAGAGGAUUCACCUGGGGGAGAAACCGUAUAAGUGCACAUUGUGUGGAAAAAGUUUUGCUCAAACAGUACAGCUGAAUGCUCAUAAAAGAAUGCACACCGGGGAGAGACCAUAUAAAUGUUUAAAAUGUGGGAAAAGUUUUAAUUGGAGCAGAGGUUUAAUACAUCACGAAAGGAUCCAUACUGGGGAGAGACCAUAUAAAUGCACGGAGUGUGGAAAAAGCUUCGCUCAAACAGCACAUCUUAAUUCUCAUAAAAGGAUCCACACCGGGGAGAGACCGUAUAAAUGCUUGGUGUGUGGAAAGAGUUUUGCUCGGAAAGGAUGUCUUGCAGGUCAUGAAACAAUUCACACAGGAGAUAAACCAUAUAAAUGCACAGAAUGUGGAAAAAGCUUUGCUCGGACAGGACAUCUUUAUUCUCACAAAAGGAUCCACUCAGUGGAUAGACCAUACAAAUGCUUGGAGUGUGGAAAAAGCUUUAACUGGAACAGAGAUCUUAUUCGUCAUGAAAGAAUCCACACUCGGGAGAGACCAUUCAAGUGCAUAGAAUGUGGAAAGCAAUUUACUCAGAAAAAUGCUCUUACUAAUCAUGAAAGAAUCCAUACAGGAGAGAGGCCAUAUAAAUGCCUAGAGUGUGGAAGAAGCUUUGCUCAAAUAGGGGCACUUAAUUCCCAUAAAAGGAUCCACCUGGAGGUGGGACCAUAUAAAUGCAUAUAGUGUGGAGAAAGCUUUGAACAAUCACACAUUUACUCAUGAAAGAAUCCACAUAGGGAAAUUCCGUAUUAAUGAAUGGAGUGUGGAAAGAACAUUUUGUUGUGAAAGGAUCCGCAGUGGGUGGAAACCUAAAUGAAUAAAGUGGAAAGGCCUCCAGUAGGAACUCUAUUUGACUCGCCAUUAGAGGAUCCACACAGGAGAAAUUAUGUAAAUGUAGGGGGAGUGGAUAAAGCUUUACUUGGAAGGACACUGUAAUUCUCAUAAAAGAAUGCCCAUAGAAGAAACCAUAUAAAUCCAUUGAAGGGUCUUCAUUAUGUUUCUGGUCCCAAAUACUGGAUUUCAUUCAGUCCAACCAGGUCUUCCAUUGCUUGUUUCAACCUGCAUUUUUUUUCUCUCUCCGCGUGAUGUGGAAAGAUAUGAAUUAAGCACUUCAGUUUACUCCGUUGCCCAUCCCCCUCACUAUCUUUUUCCAACCGGAGGACUAAUGGCUUACUUGACUUCCCUCUUAGUUUACUGAAAAACUCUAUACAAAACAAAUUGCAUUAUCGUCAUUCUAACCAUUGUUUAUCCAUUACAGUAUAAAGGUCUCUUCUGCAUGUUUCCAA